AUGAUGGAUCCUGAGUUAUACAAAGCUGCAAUUGAUGGAACCUUAUCUGAAAAAACAUUGAGAGCUGCUGCUGAUUCAAAUCAGCUGGUUACAGGAGGGAAAAAGAGCAACAUUCUUCAUGUAGCUGCAAAAUCUGGUAAUUUGCAAAUUAACACAGAAGAAGAAGGGCAUGUUGAAAUGGUUAGGUUUCUGAUUGUUAAGGCAAGAAAGAUGGAUGCUCAACAAAAGAGAAAGCUAGUGACUAUGAAGAAUUUUGAGGGAGAUACAGCUCUCCAUGAAGCUGUUCGACAUAAUCGAUUCGAGAUUGUCAAGUUGCUUAUUCAUGAAGAUUCCAAUUUGGCUUCUGUUUUGAAUGGCUAUGGAGAAUCUCCUCUUUUCAUGGCUGUCGCUAGAUGCUUUUACGAAAUUGGCCUUUUCAUCUUGAAUGCUACUGCUCCCAAUAAUUGCUCUUUUGAUGGAAGGAACGGCAUGAAUGUCUUGCAUGCAGCUUGUGGUGCGGCUGGACUUCACAUGUAUGCCCUUCACAUUUCAGCAAUGAAAGGGCAUGUUGAUGUGGUUAGGACAUUAAUCAACAAAUGUCCCGACAUUUGUGAGUUGAAGGAUGACAGAGAUCGGACCGCUCUUCAUGUUGCUGUGGAAAGUAGAGAGGAAGAGAUGGUGAAAUUUUUAUUGGAAUCAAUAGCAUUUCAGGAUCUUAUAGUUGAGAAAGAUAAUGAAGGAAAUACAGCUUUGCAUAUAUCCUCCGUGGAGGAGAUUACAAAAUUUUACAAAUUCUGGCAAAUGACUCAAAUAUUGACAGAGCGGCUACAAACAAGGGUGGCAUGA